AUGGCAUCCCCUGCUCCUCAGCAUUUUCCCGACCGCCCUCAAUUCUCAGAUUUUAUGAAGCCAUGCCGAUUCGAGGGCGAGAUUCAAAAUCUGGAGGUACAUGGAGAUCUUCCAAAUGACAUCGACGGUACUUUCUACCGUGUCAUGCCUGAUCCUCAGUUGCCUCCUUUUAUCGACAAUGAUCCCUGGUUCAAUGGAGACGGAAAUAUCAGCGCAUUCCGCAUCAAGAACGGUUCAGUGACCUUUCAGCAAAAAUAUGUUCGCACCGAGAAGUUCGUACGCGAGAGAGAAGCUGGCCGCGCGCUCAUUGGAAAAUACCGAAACAAGUUUACCGAUGCCGUGGGAUUCAACGUUAGAAGUACUGCCAAUACCAAUAUUGUCAGCUUCAACGGCCAGCUCUUGGCUCUCAAGGAGGACUCUCCCCCAUAUGCGAUGGAUCCAAAGACCCUGGAAACAAAGGGCUUGUAUACCUUUGACGGCCAGCUUCCCAGCGUGACCUUCACUGCCCAUCCCAAGACCGAUCCAAUGACUGGAGAAUUGGUCUGUUUCGGUUACGAAGCAAAGGGAGACGGCAGCCCCGACAUUUGCUAUUAUACCAUUGGUCCUGACGGUAAGUUCACCCAGACGGUUUGGCUAGUGGCUCCCGUUUGUGGAAUGAUCCAUGACUGCGCGGUGACAGAGAACUGGGUUCUUUUCCCUGUGAUUCCCCAGUUAAGUGAUCUUGAACGAUUGAAGCAGGGUGGAGAACACUGGCAAUGGAGCCCUGAGACCCCCUUAUAUAUCGGAGUGAUCCCCAGGUACGGAGCUAAGCCUUCGGAUGUGAAGUGGUUCACAUAUAAGAAUUCGUUCCCCAGCCAUACUGCCAAUGCCUAUGAGCAAGAUGACGGGAAGAUUGUCUUCGAUCUCGGACUCAGUGACAAGAAUGUCUUUUUCUGGUGGGCAGAUGCUCAGGGCAAUUCGCCCGAGCCUAGCAAGAUCCACACUCAGUUAACACGCUUUACUGUGGAUCCUAAGGCGGAGGAAGAAAACCUCCCAGAGCCGGAGGUUUUGCACGAUGGAAAUUCGGAAUUUUAUCGCAUUGAUGAUCGUUUUUUUGGAAGAAAAUAUAGCCACUGCUACUUUGAUCUCAUGGACCCCAGCUUGGGAACGGACUUUGCAGCUAUCGGCCCGGUCAUGGGCGGUGGAUAUCCUCCUUAUAACUCGCUGGCACAUCAUGACGAAAGCACGGGCAAAACGGAAAUUUACUUCCCCGGAAGCACGCAUCUCGUGCAAGAACCCAUUUUCAUUCCUCGUGCGUGCUCUACGGAGGAAGGUGAUGGAUAUUUGAUGGCACUGGUAAACAACUAUCGCAACAUGUCCAGUGAGCUGCAUCUUCUCGAUUGUCGCGAUUUCACCAAGGCCCGGGCUAUUAUCAUGCUUCCUUUGAGACUUAGACCUGGUCUGCACGGGAACUGGGUUGACAACAACUAG